UAUAGCGCGUGCUUCACAAGGCCCAUUUCGCACUAACGCUUUUUUCCCGGCCGCGUUUUUAACGGAGCCAAACUUCGGCUCAUUGGAAUCUACGGAGCUCGAUUGCCUUCAGGUUCUAUUUUGGAAGCAAACAGAGGAGAGAUACGGUAGUGUGAAACCGGCCCAAGGCUAGUUGGAAACCCACUUUCCUCGGAGGGAAACAGUCGCACAAGAAUGCAUAGGAUUUCGAUUUGGUCAGCUCUCUUACUCGCGGUCUGCGUGGCACUAGGUUCGCCUGCAUUGGGUCACGCCAAAUGUAUUCCCGAACUCCUUAAAGAUGUGAAGUACGUCCCUGGAGCCGACUCGAUCACACUCAUUCCGCCGCGCUUCACCCCCGAGGAAGAGUGUGUGCUCAAAGGGCAGUACUGGUACGUGGCCUCGUACGCAAAAGAAGGCGAGGGACCGAUACCCUGGAUACCCGUACGCAUCGAAGGACCCGUCGUCAUCCAACACCUCACGCCCUCGACGACGUACAAUAUAAAAAUUGCCAUGAGAUACAUCUAUACCAGCCUCACCAGCAGAAAACAAGUUGAGGAAACACCAGAAUUCCCAAUUGAGGCGAAAACCAUAGCCCUCGCAGUGCCACCCCCACCGACCAAGGAAAUCAAACUGAUGGAUUCAUCCCACCUGAAUAAGACCCAGCAGGAGUUUGAAAUUCCCUCCGACAUCUUCAGUAACGUCAACGGGGCUCUCAAAAAAAUCUAUGCACUCGUGGCACAGGACACGGAAAUAGAUAAAUGCGAGGAGCCAGUUACGUGGAGAAUAGCCCAUUCGCACUCCCCCAUCAAGUGUUACAAAGCUGGAGCCGAAAACGAGCUUCAUUUACCUUGUCAGUUUAAAGAUGACAGUGCGCUGACAUGCGUAUUGGGGUCGCAAGAAGGAUGCGAUGGCGAUAUGUGCAAUGGACCACUGACGCCUGGCGUCAAGUACGGGGUAAAGCUAAGGGCCAUUAACGAGGCUGGGUCCACAGAUUCCAAGCCAGCUUUCUUCACAGCUGGAAGCCCACCUGGCGCUGCUGGCAGUGGCAGAACAGUCAGUGGAAGCUCCUCGCUGAUCGGUGGUAUCACAUUCUUCGCAGUUCUCGCAAUGACGAAAUAGUCACACCUGUGUUCGUAGGAUUCUACUAAAGGAGACCCCUGUUGCAACCUUGUGCCACGGCAUUCAAGAACUGGCGCUGAAAGAUGCAACAAAUGGCCGCACAUCAGAACUCGUCUGAUGAUCGCGAGGCAUGCCAUGUCUGGGGGGUUCUUUACCGGGAAUGGUGGCAAAAUUUGAACCAAAUCACGGGAAUUCUUGUGUUGUGUAGAAAUGUUUGCAUUUGACCCAUCUUUACAGGUACAGCGACACUUUGUACAGUUACAUUGAAUAAACACAUCUGACGAUUAGUUGCACCAACGUAAA